GCCGCGAUAAGCUUAGUUAAUGAAGGUCAGAAACGUCAAAACUAAACUGGACACAUGCUCGAACUUCCUAUUUCACGACGUAAUUUUAGCCAAGUUAGGCUAAUUUUAUUGAUACAAUGGAUAGAAUUUUAAGAGGUAUUAUGAGAUAUCGUGUCUUAGACAGAGCAAGCAUGGUUAAACAGUUUCAACAAGUUCGGGACAAUCCAGUGCCAAAGGCUAUAUUUUAUUCUUGUAUGGACAGUAGAAUGAUUCCUACAAGAUUUACGGAAACAUCUGUUGGUGAUAUGUUCGUUGUGAGGAAUGCCGGAAAUCUCAUACCACACUCUCAAACUUUUGUGGAUGAAAUGACAAGUUGUGAACCCGCAGGUUUAGAACUUAGUUGUGUUUUAAAUGAUGUUAAGCACAUAAUUGUUUGCGGCCACAGUGACUGUAAGGCAAUGAAUCUUCUUUACAAAUUAAAAAGUGAAAAAGAGUCGAAUCUAGAACAAAGACGAAUCUCACCACUAAAAUCUUGGCUUUGUACUCAUGGAAAGUCAAGCUUAAAUAAAUUCUUAGAUGUUAAAGGAAAUUUUGAUCAACCAAUUUUGUUUUCUGGUGAGACUCCACAGAGAAAAUUCGUAGCUUAUAUCGAUCCCGAAAAUACUUUUUGUAUCGAAGACAAACUGUCACAGGUAAAUACUUUGCAGCAAUUACAAAAUAUCGCAUCUUAUGGAAUGUUAAAAAAACGCUUAGAAAGACAUGAGUUACAUAUUCAUGCCUUAUGGUUUGAUAUUUAUACUGGAGAUAUAUACUACUUUAGUAGAAGAGCUAAACGAUUUCUUAUUAUUGAUGAAUCGAGCUACGAAAUUAUUUUAGCCGAAAUCCGAAGAUAUUACUCGUAAUAAUUAUAAUACUAGGAUUUUAAGUGCACUUAUUGCUUAAGCAAUUAUAACGCCAGCAGUGGAUGGGACCAAGAUAUAUAUUUUUUAAUUUGACAUAAUUUUUACUGAACUUGCUUAUAUUUAAAAGUGAUACGAAAUUGCCAAUAUUUUUGAUUGGUAAAUUUGUACAAAAUAGGAAAUAAUGUAAAAUUAUUUAAGAAUUAGAAUUAAGCUAAAAGAU